CACUGACUCGCUCUCUAGAAGUGGUCCAAGCCCAUCUAUAUAACACCAUUCUUUCUUCUUCUUUCUUCUCCCUUUCUUUCGACAAACACAAAUACGUACUUCUUCUCUAACCCACAAGCGAUCAAGAGAAGUAAGUGUUUUCUUUGAUACAUAUAAUUUUCAAAUAAAAAUGUCGUCUAGCAGAAGGUCGAGACAAGCAAGCUCAUCAUCGAGGAUAAGCGAUGAUCAGAUCACUGAUCUCAUCUCAAAGCUCCGACAGUCUAUUCCAGAGAUUCGCCAAAACCGUCGUUCCAAUACGGUAUCAGCAUCGAAAGUGUUGCAGGAGACUUGCAACUACAUAAGAAACUUGAACAAAGAAGCAGACGACCUCAGUGAUCGAUUGUCUCAGCUACUGGAGACCAUUGAUCCUAAUAGCCCACAAGCAGCCAUCAUUAGGAGCUUGAUUAAUGAAUAACUAAGAUAUAUGUUGGUUAGUUGAUAUAUAAUUUUACAAUCUCGUUGCGAGGUUGAUCCACCAGGGUUUCCACUUAAUAAUCUAUUAUAUGUUUUUCAUAUAUGAAUUACGAGUCUAGCUAGCUAGGGUUCAUAUAUUUGACCCUCUUUUGGUUUGACAUCAUGCAUGCAACUAUUAAGCUUUGAUUAUAAUAAAUAUCAUUUCCGCUAAUUAUUUAGUUUAGUCCUUUUGUAUAAUAUGCAUGUCUGUGUUCAUUUUGUAUGUUUGUGUUAGACAAAUG